GUUCUGUUGCCUUAAACAAAUACAGUUGAUCUCGUCGUCUGAACUAUAAGCAUGGACAAACAAGCUGGAGAUCCCGACAUACAAAAGAUCUUCAUAUUCGUGUUGGGGUUCGCAAUCGGUGUAGCCAUGACUCUGGUCCCCUUCAUCGAAGUCACGUGGGAUAGUCCCCGGCACGACUCCUACUCCCUCGCCCUCACCGGAGUCGACGGCCUCGUCCAGCCCGCCAGCUCCGGCGGCGCCCCGUCGCUCUCGCCGGAGUUCAACCUCACCUUGUACGCGGAGAACACCCGGCUGAUCGCGGAAAAGUGCUUCAGCCACGGGCGUGUGGCCGUGUCCUACGGCGGCGUCGCGGUGGGAGAAGGGCGCGUGCCGGGCUUCUGCGCCGGGGCGAGGAGCACGGCGGAGGUCGGUGCGGCGGCGCGCGGCGUGGGUGUGCGGCUGCCCGAUGGCCAGAGGAGGCGCCUGGAGGCCGAGCUGCGUUGGGGAGCCGCGGAGUUCGACGUGGAAGCCAAGCUGUUUCGUGAUCGUGACGACGAGACGCAGAGCCCCGUCCUGCUCUGGUGCAAAGCUGCUUGGCCUCAACUGCCGCCACAACCGCCACGAUGUAAAGCAUUCACUGAUUUCGUGAUUGAUUUUGGAGUUUAGUUCAAAUAUUCUAACUUGAUCAAUAUGAGAGGCACAGAGAAAGUUUUUUCAUCCAUAA